UCCAAGAAUUCACCUGUGUUACAUGCAGAACCUUUCAAAAAACAAUGGCCAGACUGCUCCAAGCUCCACCCAAAUUUCAUUCUUCAGAAUGGCAUGUUGCAAACAAGAUGCAGUGUGCCAGUACAGAGUCUCAGAAAUCCAGUUCAGAGCGCUUAGUAGCUGAGAGUCAAAGACUGGUGGAUGAAAUAGAAAAGACAACUCAGAAAACCCAAAGCAGUGUCAACAAGAAAAUAGAACAGAGACUGGAAGAAAUAAAGUUCUGGAAGCAAGAGUUAGAUAACAAACUUGAACAACUUGUUAAUGAGACAGAGGUACUGUUAACUUUCAAGAUCAGGCUGGAGAAAGCCUUGGAGAGCUGCAAAGAGCCACUUAUAGUUUCCCAAAAGUGUCUCCUGAACAGGCAGAGACGAGCUGGGACUGAUUUGGUGCAUGAUGAAGUGGAACAGGAACUGGUCAAGGAAGCUGGAGUUCUGCAGGGGGUUAUUGCUUUGCUUGAACGUACAUUAGAACAAACCAAUGAGCAAAUCAGACUAAACCGUUCCACAAAAUACAACCUGGAAAUGGAUGUGAAAGACAAGUUCACAGCUUUGACGAUUGACAAUUACUGCGCUAGCUUGACAAACAACACUCCUGAGGUCAGAUACACUGAUAAAACAGUGGAAAUAGAAGGAAAUUUUGUUAGCCCUGAAGACUGGUUAUAUUUCUCAAACAUAAAUGUUGAAAAGGCUGACAAACAGAGAAACAAUUCAAGGGCACUAAGGGUGCUGAUUGAUAGCAUCCUCUCCCAGGCAGUGAAUGACAUGUGCAAGCAAUAUGAGAUGGUGAAUAUCGCAUUUAGAAAUAGAGUGAAGGAAGUCAGAGAUGCCAAGCACAAGCUAGAGACACUCCUUGCAGUGGUGAUGAAGGAGGCUGCCUCGCAGGAGAUGAACAUUGUAGCCUUAAAGAAAGCAAUUGCUGAUAAAGAAGGACCUGUUAAAGUGGCUCAAACCCGCUUGGAGGCAAGAAACCAUCGCCCUGGAGUGGAAUUAUGUUAUGACACAGUGCAAUAUAGGUUGACCAGUGAAGUUCAAGAGAUUACAAACAAUAUUCAAAGGUUAAAGGACACACUGGCACUGGCUGAAAAAGAGCUGAAAGGUCUGAGACGUCGACAGCUUUCCCUGGAGGAGGAGAUCCAGAUCAAGGCAGAUACAUUAUACAUUGAUGAAGUGCUCUGCAAGCCGAUGAGAGAGUCUGUUUGCAUUAACAACUUUUAAAGCCAUAUUAUUGGACAGCUCAUGCUGAGAUUUUUACUGACAAACUCCAAAUUUAUUGAUUUGAAUUAAUGCUGUCUUCAUUCUAGAUGUAAUUAAUUCAUUCUAGAGGUAAUUAAAACAGACAUAGUACUUACAGCUAGGACUGUGCUCUAGAAUGUCUGAUGAAAUCUCCCACUUGGCAAUAAAGUUCCAGAAUAAGAA